GGCUCUGCUCAAGUACUCUUCUUAUAUGGAACUGGCUUCUUUGCUUGGUUGGUGGGUGGGCGUUUGGGUUGGUGGUAUGGCAGGACUGCUCUGGCUUCAUGGCUCAAGGUGUGCACUGGGGGCGAGGUGAAAGUCCCGGUCAUACUGGUAGGUUGUAAGCUGGAUUUGAGAGAUGAGAACCAGAAGGUGAGCCUGGAGCAGGUGAUGUCACCAAUAGUGAAACAAUUUCCUGAGAUUGGAUGCAUUGAAUGUUCAGCACUUGAACAAAUUAAGAUCCCUGAAGUUUUCUACUAUGCACAAAAUCCUGUGCUUAAUCCAAUAGGUCCACUAGUGGAUCAGAACACACAGGUUUUCAGGCCCAGAUUUGUUGGAGCCUUGAAGCGGAUAUUUGCUCUUUGUGACCAGGAUAGGGAUGGUGCCCUCAGUGACGCAGAGUUGAAUGAUUUGCAGGUCAAAUGUUUGCAUAAACCAAUACAACCUUCUGAUAUAGUAGAUAUUAAGAGCCUUGUGGCAGAACGAUCGCCUGAAGGAGUCAAUGAUCGUGGACUUACUUUGACGGGCUUCCUCUUUCUUCAUGCAAUAUUCAUAAAAACAGGGCAUCCUGAGACGAGUUGGACCAUGCUAAGAAAAUUUGGAUACAAUAAUAAUGUAAAACUUGCGGAGGAUCUCAUCCCAACUGCUUUCAAACGAGCUCCUGAUCAGAGUGUGGAGCUGACAAAUGAAGCCAAAGCGUACCUGAGGGGAAUUAUUGAACGGCGUAAUAGCCAUAGUCGGUGUGCUACUUUUCUGAGACCUCAAGAAAUAUUUGAUGUAUUUUCUACUGCAGCAGGAAGACCUUGGGAGAGAGAGCCGUACGUGGAUGCUGCACAGAAAAAUCCAUUUGGAGGGUGGUCUAUAGAUGGAUUUUUGUCAAUGUGGGCCUUUGCGACACUUCUAGACCCAGCUUUGAGCAUGGAGAAUAUGAUAAAUAUUGGUUUUCCUGGUGAUCCUUCAUCUGCAUUCCGUGUGACUAGAGAAAGGCGUUUGGAUCGCAAGAAGCAACAGAUAAACAGAAAUGUUUUCCAGUGUUUUGUUUUUGGGCCCAUGAAGUCUGGAAAGUCUGCAUUGUUAAAUUCUUUUCUCGGAAGGCAUUUUCGUGAUGAAUAUACUUCAACCAUUGAAGAUAAUUAUGCAGUGAACGUUGUAGAUGAACCUAGGGGAACAAAAAAGACCCUUGUGGUGAGAGAGAUACCUGAAGGAGUGAGUAAAUUGUUGCUAGAUAAAGAAUCUUUGGCUGCUUGUGACGUAGCAGUGUUUGUUCAUGACAGUUCUAAUUCUUUCUCAUGGGAGAGAGCAACUGAGUUGCUGGAAGCAGUUGCUAGUCAUGGUAAAGAUACUGGCUUCGAGGUUCCUUGCCUCAUUGUGGCAGCUAAAGAUGAUCUGAACUCAUGUCCCAUGGCCAAACAAAAUAAUAUUAGGGUUAGUCAGCGCAUGGGAAUAAAGGCUACCAUACCUAUCAGUUCGAAGUCUGGUGAUCUCAAUAAUGUUUUUCGUAGGAUUGCGAGUGCUGCAGAACACCCUCUUCCGAAGCUGAAGCGGAGGAGGCUAGCAUGAACAUCCACCCUUGCUCUUAUAAACUGCUUAUGGACUUUCAGAUUUUGGAUGGUGUGAACUGCACGUGGGUUUCUAGAUCAUUAACUGUGUAUAUAUAUGGCUAGGCUUGUAAAUCUGGAAGAUGGGAGAUUGAUCUGAAUUUUUGGGGGAUCAUCUUGUUAGGGGCUUGUUGCUUUUCCGAUUUUUAGAACUAGAGUAUGAAGAGUAAAAGACUACCGAAAGAAUUACUUAUACGCACUUCAGGUGUCGUUGUGACUGUCAUUUCAGCCAAUGGAAUUUCUCAUCAUGAAUUCAUGAUUUUCGAAAUUAUUGCAUCAAAGGGAAAGUAAUAUGUAAUAUUGGGGUCACAAGACUCACAUGGACAUCUUGUUGGGCAACAGCCGGAAACAUUGUAAUGAAACUUUUUUUUUUUUUUUUUUUCCCUAAGCACAAUUAUAUGAAACUUGAAAGACAAUAAAAGGAAAGCACUUUUCUGUA